UCAAAAUGGCAUCUAUAAAGCUGCAGGUUACCAUGAGGAUUGGGGUGUGUGUGGUUUGAUUUUUUCUAUUGAACCACAAUGUCUGUUCUUGUUUGGGAGGCCAUCUGUGCUGGAAACUAUUCUGCGUGGACUGCGUUGCAUGAUUUUGCGCUCCAUAUUCGAGUACAAUGGCUGGUAAGGAUUUUAGUACUCACUAGCAUGAUGUUGCAGCUUGUUCUGGUUGUUCUGGGUGCACGCAGAUAUCUUACUUCAAGUGGUACUUUGCGUUUUCUUGUUUGGGGAGCCUACAUUUCUGCGGAUGCUGUGGCUAUUUCUGCACUUGGGAUCAUGAUGCACAGCGAUCGGAAGGAGAUUUAUGGAAUAUGGGCUCCAGUGUUACUGAUUCAUUUAGGGGGACCAGAUGCUAUAACUGCUUACUCCAUGGCUGAUAAUGAGCUGUGGAUGAGACAUGGAUUCAAUAUGGUUUAUCAAGUUUGUGUGGCAGUGUAUGUCAUUUAUGCAUCAUCAAUGAAACUCCGUUCAUUGGCUGCUGCUAUUCUUCUACUGCUUGUAGGAUUCCUUAAGUAUGGCGAAAGGACACUUGCUUUGAGGUAUGGCAGUUAUCCUCGAAUCGUUAUGUCAAGUCUGCCAAUUUCUAAAUGUAUGGAGAUAAAAUGUGUUGCACAAGAAUGCAAAUAUGUUGUUAUGGGAGAGGAUAAAGUGGAGCAGGCGUCGUCUUCGCGGAAAGGGAGGCCAAAAGAAGAGUUACAGAUGUCUUCACUGAAAGGAAAAGACAUAGUAACUAUUGAGGAUGUUGAGCAGGUUGGUAACGAUGAGAAGGACGAUAAGCGGAGAUUUGUUACAGAUAGAGGGUACGAGCUCUGCCUUUCCCAUGCGUUGUUCAAAAUGUAUAAGCGGAGGUUUGGGAGUUUGUAUUUUGUUGAGGGGGAUUGGAAGGAGACCAGAGCUUUUUGGGUUAACCGUAGUGGAGGAGAGGCAUUCAGAAUUGUAGAGAUGGAGUUAAAAUUCAUGUACGAUGCGGUCUUCUCCAAGUACAGCAACGCAGGGUUCACUAAGUGGGGGAUGGCAGUGCGUUUUCUCAGCACCAUUCUCAUGGGAACAGCAGGGUUUCUAAUUUUGGGAGAGAGAGAAUCCAGACAAGCACAGCGGAUGGUGACAUACGUUUUGAUUUCAGUAGCGUUUCUGGUUGAGGUCUUUCAGAUAUGGCGAGUCAUAGUGUCCGACUGGACCAGGGUCCAUUUAAUUUGUGCUUAUGUGGCAUAUAGGCGCCUAGAAAGCCGGAGCGGAUUUUGCUAUGUUCUUCAGUGGUGCAGAUUUCAGGUGAUAAAGAUUACCAUGAUUGUGAUAAGCAAGUUUCAGGAAUUUAGUAGUGGAGGAAAUAGAUACUUGAGCGAGGUUGUUGGAGGAGAUAGAUACUGGAGCGACCAAAUUCCGCAACACUGCCUAAUAGAGACUUGGCUUAAUUCGUCUCCUAUAAUGUGUAAGAUGGCUGGACUUUUUCCCAAGCCAGAGAGAUCUAUUGUAAGCUGGUACACCAAAAUAUGGCAUGUCAACAACGUGCCUGUCGAAGAUGAUCUCAAAGACUUCAUUUUUAAAAUCCUCAAAAAGGCAUGUUCUGAGGAGAAUCGUACUGAACAAUGCAAACAGAAAUUUUACAACUUUGAGAAGGAUCUGUUUCAAGGAGAAACUGAAAUCCAGGAGAUAUUGAAGUCGCAUGUCAAUCUGGAGGAGGUCAUUCUGAUAUGGCAUAUAGCUACCACUUUAUGUGACAGGAAGAGAAGAGAGACUGAGAAAGAAUUGCCCCAGAAGAACGAGACAGAGGAAAAAUUGGCUCAACAGAGAGAGCUGAAUGAGAAGAAUGUUAAGUGGAGUAUAACACUGUCGAGGUACUGCGCAUAUCUGCUAAUGUCACGCCCCCAUCUUUUGCCCCUCCACCCCAAGAUGGCAAGGAUUGUAUACAUGCAACUUGUGAACCAACUUCUGGACAAACUUACCUUGGGCAGUAUUAUUCACAAAAAUCCUGAAUAUCUGUUAGGCAGCAAAAAGAAUGAUGAUCUGUUAGGCUCCGGGGCAAAACUAGCUCACCAGCUGCUGAAGAAACAAGAAGGUGAUAUGUGGAAGUUAUUGGCGGAGUAUUGGGGUAAGUUGGUAAUAUACAUGGCGUUGUACAAUAAGGCAAUAUAUCAUGCAGAGUGCGUGGCUGCAGGAGGAGAAUUUCUGAGUCAAGUGUGGGUUUUAUUAGCUCAUAUGGGAUGUGGAGAACAGUCUGACUCUGAUGUAACCAAGAAGGUAGAGAUGGCGUCGAAUAAGGAAUUAUCAGUGGGCGAGAGGAGUACUGAACAAGAUCCAGCUGAAAUGAGAAAAGAACUAGAAACAGCGAAGAAGGGUUUGAGUGAUCGUGAAAACGAUUUGAAAAAUCGUGAAAAGGAAUUAGAUACAGUGAAGAAGGAUUUCAAUGAUCGUGAAAAUGCUUUCACUGCAAUGGAGAAGGAGUUAGCUUUAAUGAAGAAGGAUUUGAGUGAUCGUGAAAAGGAAUUAUCUGCAACGAAGGGGGGUUUAAGUAACCCUGAACAAGAAUUAGCUGCAGCGAAGAAAAUUUCGAGUGAUCUUGAGGAGGAACUUGCCGCAACGAAGAAGAUCUUGCGUGAUCGUGAAGAAGAUUUUGCUGCAAUGAAGAAGAAUUUGCUCCUUCGUAAAGGAAAUUUUGAAUGAUCGUGAAAAACAAUUAGUGAAGACAAAGUUGAAUCUGAAACGACCUGCUUUUUAUAAGAGGAGACCUUUGUUCAUUCUCUUAUCAUCUCAUCUGUAGUACUUUUAACUUCUUUUUUAAUGUUGAUGUUAAACUGCUCAACAUGAGUAUGUUAAGAACGUUUAAAAUACUACACAAUGGUAAAUGUUAUGCAUGUCUUACACAAUAUAAAU